UCCGUAGAGUGUGUAACGGCCGCCGUUGCGGUUGCGAUUUUUCGUUCGCUACCGAGUAAAAAAAAAAAAAAAAUAUUUAUAAAAAUAUUAGUUUUAUCGUAUCGCCGAGUGCGGGAUGCGGGUUAAUACCGAAAAAUCGAAUAAUAAUUAAUAUUCCGUGCUUAUUUGCAUUUCUUGUUUAUUUUGUUUUAAAUUUAAACAAAUUUAUUAGUAAUGUAAUGUUUUUUUUCAUCACCGUAGUAUUUUUAUUAAUAUUUCGGCAUGACGAAAUUUCUGUUGAACGUCGUACGUCCGGACUAAAAACAAAAUAAUAAUAAAUAAGGAUCAUACGACAUGUGUACAGUGACUGGUGGAUUUCUACAGUUAAGCGCUUUGUGCUUUUGGAUAAUCGCUAUAGCCAACUGCCAAGGCAAACUGGCGACGUACACGCAGAGACCGCCAGCGUCUUCGACGCCGCCGUCGGCCCUGCGUCAGACCGACCGCACGUCCUCCACCCCCGGAAACGGUACCGACCAGCUGUACCCGUUUUUCGAUUACUACGUGCCCCGCAACAUCACCACUACGAUUGGCCAGAGCGCAUUUCUCCACUGCAGAACCGAAAACUUGAACGACAAAUCGGUAUCGUGGAUGCGGAAGAGAGACUUGCACAUACUGACAGCAGGAGUGCUGACUUACACCAGUGACCAGAGAUUCCAAGUCAUCCACCCGGAUAACUCGGACAAUUGGACCCUACUGAUUAAAUUUGCUCAACCGAGAGACGCCGGAAUCUAUGAAUGCCAAGUAAAUACCGAACCCAAAAUGAGUUUGGCAUUCCAGCUCAACGUCGUAGAGAUGAGGGCCAGGAUUUGCGGGCAGCAGGAGCUGUACGUCAAGGAGGACAGCGAAGUGAGCAUGCGGUGUGAGCUGAGCCAGGGCCCACACGACCUGGGAACCAUAUUCUGGUACCUUGGCAACGUACCCGUGUAUACGGACCAGACAAGUCUGCAGUCGGUCCGGCAGCCGCGGGUUAGCGUUCACACAGAAUGGGUGGACGGACUCAAAAGCACGCUGCACAUAGCUCGAGCCAAGCUCACAGACUCCGGAAACUACACGUGCAUGCCCACGUUUGGACAAUCAGCAACCAUCAACGUGCACGUGGUCAACGGUGAACACCCGGCCGCCAUGCAACACGGCAACCGGAGUGCGGUCAGCGGCCAGAUGACCGUCCACGUGUUAGCCCUGGUCAGCCUGGUCAUAAUGCUGUCUAAUCCAGUGCUGUUCGGACACUGAGGAAAGCAAACCGAGGAUGGCGGGGAUACGAUGGCGGCACCGCCGUCUCGUCCUGACCUCUCCUUCGACCCCCGAACACCCACAUAUUCCCGCUCUCGCCGCCAUCCAGGCACGGUACGCCGCGAAAUCUUAUUUUUCUUCGUCAGCCCAGGGACGAGUAGGAUGACAACCGACUUAACAGACGCGAACGGUGUUUCUCUUCUCUUAUACAUAUUAUACUAUACAUACAUAUAUACAUAAUAUAUAUUUAUAUAACACUAUAAAUAUAAACAUUCCACGCGUUUAUAAUAUUAUAUCCAUCGUGAUAUUUUUAGAAAAAAAAAUUGUAAAAUUGUAAAAUAAACGAUCGUCCCAAAAACAUGUCACGCGUCAAUCUAACGAACGGGUGGCCGUUAUUGUGGGGUGGUUGUUGGGGACGGGAAGCCAGCUGAAUCCGGAUAAAUUAUUUUUUACGAAAUUCAAUUUUUUCGGCGAAUUGUCUUUAAGGAUUGAUACACAUAAAACAGGACGAUCCGUUUAACGUAAGACAUUCAUUAUUUCAGAAAUAAUAAACAUUUUUGAAAAAUGUAAUUUGCGUAAUUUUAAGUUAUUAUAAAAUAAAUACUUUUAUCAUUUUUCAGUUUUUCUAUCUUUUGAAUAACAACAUAGGUACUUUUUUUAAUUUCAUAUUCCAAAGAAAAAUAUUAUUUAGAGUAUUUUGAUCUAUACAAAUUUUGGACAAGUAACUUAUUAGUUAUAAGUAUUUAAAGUUUAUAUGAGCAGAAUAGAGAAUCGAAAUUAGUAGAGGGACCCCUGUAUCAUCACUCCAUUUCGCUCAUUUAAACUUAAAAUACUUAUAACUCAUGAACUAUUCGUCCAAAAUUCGAUUUUUAUAAUUCAAAGUACUAAAAAAAAUAUUCAGCUUUGGAAUAAAAAUAAAAAAUGCAUAGUGUCAUUAAAAGGGUGAAAAAAAUGAUUACAAUAAAAACAUAUACUUUUUAGAAAAAUUAAUUUUACAACUUGAAAUUAUAUAAAAAAAUAUUUUAAAAAAUAUUACUAUUCUUGUAGUUUUUAAAUAAUGAGUGUCUUACUUAAAUGGGUCACUUGAUAUACAAUACAAAAAUCCUCGACAGGAGAUCAUGCGUCGCGAGGAGACGUCUUCGCAUUUCGACGUGACCGCGUACUUAACGGACAGACGAUGUCGUAUGAUAAAGUGCACAGCUGAGCCAUUCGGGGUCGGCCAGAUUUUUGACGUUCAUCGUUUAUUCACUGGUCAUCAAAAUUCGGAAUAUCGUUAGCUUAUAAAUAAUUUCAUUCGUCGUACGAUAACAAUUACAUGUUAUACUUAUCUAUAAAUACAACAUCGUCGCGGGACGUACUGUUUAUCAAUUGUUCAAUGAAUAUUAUUAUUAUUAUUAUUCGAAUUUGCUAAAUGUAUUGUUUUGUAUUAUUGUGGUAAGGGACCUAGUACCGAUAUUCGGAUGUAUAUAAUGCAUAGGUAUAGAUUCCUAGGUAUAUAAAAAUUAUGUCUAUACGCGCAAGUAAUAAUUUAUUGUUUCCUGAGUUUCCUCUUCAUCUGUUUGAUUAUGAACGAAAAUAUAAACAUAAUCAUUCUCUUUCUCUAUUAUAUGUGUAUAAACGCAAACACAUCACGUAACGUAUACAUACGUUCACAUACACACUGUAUUCUGUCGGAUCGGAGGUCAAACGAUAUUUCAUAGUUUUUCGUGUUUCAUUUUUUAUUACCGUCGAACAACAAAGCGGAGGAAAUAUUCCUUUUAUCGCACCCGCGUGAUUUCAACCUUAAACAUCGUCCGCGCGCGCACACAGUGCGAUACCGCCGCCGUCAUUUUUUUUAUUAUUAUAGCUAUUAUUAUUACGAAACGUCCAAUGAAAUUAUAAAACAUACUCACCGUCGUCUUCGGCGCAUGGUAAUGAGUUAGAUUCUGAAUGAAAUUUUAAGAUAAAAAAAAUCCCGAAAACCUCUCAUGGCACGGUUUUAUUUUCUCGGUUAUCGCUAACAGUUAAUCGGUUUAACGUAGACACAUUUUCGCGCAAAUAUAUUACAUAAUACCUCUAACUACUACCGUGGUUAAAUUACCGUCAAUACGCAAUAUGACAAACGUGUAAGCUAUACUGUAUUCGACAGGGUAGUAGAUUAAAAUAACGUUUAAAACAAAAAGUAAUGAUUCUUUGAAAAAUAUCACUAAUUUUUCUUUCUCGUUAACGGAUGAAAAGCAUUUAAUAAUGCAUGGAGACGUCAAUGACUUGCGCCAUCGUCGUAAAUCUAAAGAAAAACUUAUUUUCAUUUUAUUAAUCAAAAAAGUUUCGUACUUCUUAGCACGACGACAAUGAAUUUGUUACGUGCGAUGUACUAAUAAUUAAACGACUAAACAUCAAAUCGAUAGACGUUAUCAGCAAAAAAAACUAUCAAAAAUAUUAGAAAAAAAAAUUAAUAAACAACAUUUAAUAACUAAAAAUCGACAAAUAUAAUAUCAAUGCGUAGAUAAAUUUUUAAUCGUUUUUAUAUUAUCACAAUAAUCCAAAUCUACUUAUUAAACGAGAAGGUAUUUUCCUGUUUUAACCGCGUUCAUGUCCGAGUCAACUCGUCCACCUGUAAGAUCUUUGGGUGUGUAUCAUUAUAUAAAUUAAUUAAUAUAAUUAUGUUAAAAACGCGACCUUGCGAUACUACUAUUUAAAACGCGCGAAGAUAGUAUGUGAAAUCGAACCCCGCAAUCGUCUAACCCGAGUUCAAUACCGUAAAUUGUAUACGUUUAUCAGUGGCGAUACUCAUACUAAAUUGCACAGAAGCACAGAGACUACCCCAAAAAAUUGCAUAAAACAUUAUUAGAUUUCUAUAGUUAAUUUAUUAUAAUUGGUUUUUGUACACAUAAAUCUAUACUUGAUAUAAUAAAAAUCAACUAUUAAAAAAGAAAACAUUUUUACAACUUUUCGUGUUGACAAGUGUGUCUAUAAACGAUUAAAUAAUUAAACAAAUUCUUCAUGCUCCUGGUGGAUACAAAUACUAGUUACAUGCAUCGACAUGUCAGCUAACAAAACAUGGUUUUUUGGAGCUCAUUUAAUGUGAGCACAAGACAUAUUUUUAUCUUACCGCUCUGUCACGUCAACAUUUGAAACGUUAGCACAUAUAACCGUGCGUGCUUUAUUAUUGGUAAUUUACUACCAAGUUCCAAGUCCUUCAAUUUAGAUACUCAUACGUACCAAUAACAAAAUUAUUAUUUUUUUAAGAGUCCACAUAGACGUAUUAUAAAAUUAUUGUCCACCACCUCGUGUGAACAUCAUGAACCGCCACUAAAUCGCAGAUUACUUCUACUAUAGUAUAUGAUGACAUUUUAGAUACAUACAUACAUCUAUAAUACUAGACCGUUAAAAACUUAAAAACUCAAAUGUAUAUCAUAUUCAUAUACACUAUACAGGUGAUUGUUUUACUUUUGUCAUGGACCAGGCGCUGUGCGAAUUCGUUUAUUUGUUUUCCAACUUUUAAGUGUAAACGUGUUUAAGUUAUGAAAUAAUAAAUAUAGAGAACACUGUGUGGUUGUUAAAAUAUAAAAGUGCUAAAAACUCACCCGGGCAAGGUGUGGCUCGGUUUGUGAUAAAAUCAAUAAUCACCCUGUACAUAUAUAUCUAUUAUCCACCGCAUGCAGUAUAGUUUAUAUAUUAUACACUCGACGUUCACGACAUAUAAUAAUAAUAGGUAAUAUACGUUAAAAUUUAAUGAACCGAAAGAAUUCGAUUUACGGUCGCGACUUUAUACAGCAAGUACCACCCACCUCCUCCGGAUACAUUAAGCUUGGCGUACGUAACAUCUACGGCUAAAAAUCAAUUACCCGAUUACCGAAUGUUUUCCACCGACGUGUACACGGUAGUGCAAUGAUGAUGAUGAUGAUGAUGAUGAUGAUAAUGAUGAUAAUAAUAAUAAUAAAAUAGGUGUAUUACAAUGCAGUUUGACUAGAAAGCCAAUUUUUUAGCGCCCAGAUCCGAAGACGUCACUGGAAAAGUCAAACUGAAUAUUAGUAUCGGUUAUGCAAUAAAUUUCCCAGUACAUGCGUAAUCCAAAGAUCAUUAUUUUAAAAACAUUUAUAUUUUUUUUCAAUCGAGGGUUUUCGGGAAAAAAACGAUAACGUUUGAAUAGCGCGCGCACGAUCGAUUCGUACUUUAUGUGUCGUUUUAAUCGUUAUUAAAUUAUAAUAAUAAAUGACACAAACCGUUUAAAGCCCGCUUUCCAAUAAUGUACGCUAUCCUAUAUAUGGAUAAUUCAACAAACAUUCUCAUUCCCAUUUUUUUUCAUUUAAUGAUAUAUGUUAUCAAAUUCUAAUUCAUGGAAUUUUAAACUCAAAGGCAAUAUUUUAAAUCCUUGAGAUUCUUUUGUAAUACUUAAAGAGAAUUCAGUGACGAUACAAACUUUUGUUUUUAAAUUAGAACCCUCCUUUAUACUAUAAAUUAUUUAUUGAAUAAUUUUUUUGAAAAUGUUUAUAUAUUUAAUUUAAAAUUCAAACGAGUAGUUUCUUAAUUAUUAUAAUAUUUAUACAAAGAAUAAUACUUCAUAAAAAUUAUCAUAGAAAAAUAUACAAAUAAUUGUAAUAUUAUUGGAUCUAGUAUUUAUUAUGCAUAGAUCAUUUUUAUGUUGAAAGAUUAUCUAAAACUUACAAAUCACCACAGCAACCAUAUCUUCCAAACACAUUAUUAUCCUAAGUACACAAAGUUAUAUAACUCAAAAAUAACUCGCUAUAAUUUUGACUUUGAUACGUCCACAUUUCCAAAAAAAAUUAUUAGCUAAAUAAUUUAAAAUAAAAAUUAGAAGUUUUCAUUUGAAAAUCAAAAGUUUGUAUCUAAAGUUACGUCGUAAGUAGUAAAUAUAAACGCAAUAAUUUGAAAAAUUAGUCUGUAAAUACUCGUACGUUUAAAAAUUCCAAAUAUUAUAUUUUGAAUAACUAAAUUAUCGAAGAAAAAAGAGCUUAAGCGUGCUUAGUGAAUCAUCCUGUAUAUAGCACCGUUUGGAUAAUAAUAUAUAAUAUGAUUCAACCAGAUAUCACUCACAUAUUUAUUACAAUGUGUGUUACGAAGAUUAACAUUUUAAACGUGUCAAAUAUUCAUGAAACGCACCCUAUAUAAUAUAAUCCAAUCUUAACUUCUCGACGCUCUUAUGUCUUUAGCACAAACUCGCAUAUCUAUUUCUUUUCCCACAGCCGGCUCAAGAAGACAAUCAUACGACCAACCCUUCGGGUAUUUUGUUCAGCGUCAUGCUAGGUUUCUACGAACUUCUGAAAACAUGACGUAAAUAUUAACUUUCAGCUCAGUUUUUAUAAGUCGCUUUCGGGUGUAUGAAUCCUGUGGUAACACUACACGACUCUAGCAACCCAUUUCAGACAAUUGCACUAGCACAAAGAUGAUAAUGUUAUCUCACUUGAACGGAUAUGAAAAUAAAAAUAAGCCGCUGCAAAGAAUAAGUCACUGAAAUUCUUCAUACCACUAAAUCUAUUAUUAGUUCCACAAAAAUGCGAUCAACUUUCAAUUUGUAUUAAUGAUUUCGACGAACACCGUUUAUAAUCAUCAUUAUUUAUUGUUAUACUUCUUUGUUGUACGCGUGUUCUAUAUUUUUUUCGUACUUAGUACGAGAAAAUUAUAUUAAAAUAAUUGUGUGCGCAAUUUCAACGUGAAUGUUAAUUUCAAGAUCCAGAUAACUCUUCACCUGUAAGUACAGUCACGCAAUAAGAGUAGUAAUAAAAAAUAAAAGUUUAUUAAUAUAUAGGGUAUAUACUGUAUAUAAAGUAUUUAAGAAUUCUGUACUGAAAUUAGAUUUAAAUAUCUCAUAUCUUCCAAAUACAUCAUAUAUAUAUUGUAUACUAAUAUAUAUACGAAUAUACUGCGACAGUGAUAUGAAUAUUUUAUUUUGUUUUAAGCCACCUUUUUCAUUUUUCUCCGUUGUGAAAACUACUGCUGCCGUAUUAACGAAUAGUACUUAUUUAUUGAAUUCUGCGCGACGGAAAAUAAGAGAGCUUCAUAAAAAUAAUGUCACAUUUUACUCACCCCCGCGCAGAUACAAACGCAUCUCUAUAAUCCUCGCCGUUCGGCGACUUUCACUCCGCCCUCUAGGGACCUCAGAAACGGACGUCAUUUCUUCUACCCUCGAGGCUAUUAGAAAAUAUGGAAUUCCCGCGGUCAUAAAUUCACAUAUCCUGCAAAUUGAAAAUACUACCGCGGCAUAGUCGUCGUAUAUAUAUAUAUGAAGUAUUUACUAUACAUACCUACUUUAUGUGUUCCCAAUAUGUUGAGUCGUACAAAAUUUGGCCUAAAAUUGUCACAAAAACACUGUAAACACGCGUAUAAGUGAGUCAAAGGCUUUACGACGAAGACGCCACCCCCUUGGUUUUAUAUCUGUUUUUACGCGUUUCUAGUUUUUUCAGUAUAUACCCACGCUUUUUCGAUUACUUUGCAUAUAGAAACCCGAAAGCCGUAGUUAUAAAAAAAUGUUUACCGAAGUAAACACGCACAGGGGAAAAAUUGAGAAAACUAAUUCUGUUUCCGGUUUACCCGCGGCCUGUCUACGUAUACUAAAUGCAUAUUAUGCCCGCAAAAUAUACAUCUUACACUAUAUUAUACAAUUUAAAACACAAACUUCAAUAAUUGAUUUCCGGCUACGACGUGUCAUAUUACAUACACUAAGUCAUAUAGAUAUAAUAUUAUAAUAUUUUGUAAACUAUUAAAAUAAUGUUUCUCUUGUGGACACGCACAGACUCGUUGUUAACACAUACUUAUAAUGAGCGAGUAGAUGAUCGGAAGAGGUAUGGAAGUUGCUAGAAAAAAUGCUGUCUCACUACAAAUGAAAAUACUAUAAUAUAUACCAUUUUAUAUAUUAUCUAGCGAAUAAUAUAAUGGCAAUGAGAAAAAAGUUUCCGUCAACACGAAUAAUAUUAUUUCGAUGCGAUUACUAUUUUACCGUCACGACGCGCGACGCCCCGGCAGAGACUGUAAAAUUCAAUACAAACUCCACGCACCCAAAUACAUAAAUAGUAUUAUCUAUAGGUGGUAUUCAUUAUAUACGCGGUUUUCCGAGAACUCCUUCCGCGCCAAUAUUUAGUUCAUAGUCCAAUAGCGCAAUAGGUCAUUAAAAACAAACUUUAAUCCAAAGAAAUGAAUCCAUUAAAAACGCACUUUUCAGAUAUUGUCUUAUUUCAACUAUUUCCCAUCAAUUGCAGCAGCCCUAGCACUCCGUUAAACCAAAGCAGUAUAUUAUAACUUAUAAGCAUCCGAUAUUCUUUACACAGACAAAUAUAUAUAGGUACGUCAUCUUUAACGCGACGUCCAUGAUUCCGAGGUCACUCGAAAUUACCACCGAAAAAUAAAAAUACGACCAAAACCUCAUUCGGAUCGCGUUAUAUUACAUUCUUCGUAUACGCGUAUUUAUUUCAAUGGACUAAUGGACAAACAUAUAUAUUUUAUCUGUAUGACAUCGUUGGUGGGUUUUAUAUUUAAUAUUUUUUCCAGCUCGUUUAGGUACAAUAUACUUCGUCAUUAUUUUAUUUAAAAAAAAAUUGAUAUACGCUCGCAAACAUAAUGUUGUUCGAUAAUUUUAAAUAUUAAUAAAUGCAUUAAAUAACAGUGUAGUAUUAUAAUAAUUAAUGAUUAUAUCUCAGUUAAAGGAAAAAAAUCAAUUAAAACUUACUUUUUGUACUUUGCUGAAUUUAGUUAUAAUCGUUCAGCGUAUGUUUAUUAUUAUCAUAGAUUUUUACAAUACAAAAAUAAUUUAUUUCCCGUUAUUUUUUUUUUUUUUUUUUUUAAUGAUUGAGGCGCACAAUAAAUCAUUACACGAGAAUAUAAAUUCAAACAAACCUCAAUAAUAAUAAAUUAUAAAUAGGUGCAGUGAGAUCAAUCGGUUGGCAAUCUGUCAUUUACAAAUACAAUGUGAAAAAAUAAUCGACAGAACUGACCUCUUUCCAUUUUGCCACCGUCGCGUGUCGUGCACCAACCAAAUGUCACCAUUUGCCGGACCGCGUUUUCUUAACAAACAGCGGGCGCGCGUCUUAACGCGUACAAAUGCGUCUGUCGCAAAAGCUGCAGUUUCACCAACGGUAAAUCCUUUAGGUUCGGCGAAAAACCUUUCUGGUACAGUCUCAUGAGACUUAUUCUUCUCUUUUGAAAUGUUCAUAAUGCGCGCAAGCUACGUGCAAAACAGGAUUCCGUGCAACCGAUAAGACCUAGGGGGCUUAUAAUGACUCUUGAGGGACAUCGGUGACAAUUUGACAUGUCUGAACCGUCGUUGUCGCAAUACUUUAAAAAACCAAUAAAUGCCACCGGACGAAUAUUCUAAACAGCGAAUGACUUUUUAAUAUUGUAUGCGUGAAAAAGCUCGUCGGACACGAAUUAAUCAACGUUACGAACGGAUGACGACCGAACAAACGAAAAAAGCAAAUAAUCAAUUUCACAAACGACGAAAAUACGCGUGUGUUACUUCACCGUACAGUUCAAAAGCCGUUCCGUGUCCUUUAUGCGCGCGAUUAGUCUUCGUUUUGUCUUUCAAAAUCGCAAUUCACCAUUGCGAGACUACUACACGCAGUAUAUACAAUAUAUAUAUAUAUAUACAGUCGAGGGGCAUACCUAUAGUGCGAACCCGACAAAAAAAAUGAAAUACAAUUCCAUAGCUGUCCGACACGUGUCCGCGAAGAAAACUUUUCGUGACACGAAACGUCGAUAGUUCACAAAAGCGUAAAAGCGACUUUUUUACUCACGAGAUUUUUAUUAAUGUUUUCUCAGUGCAGUUCGAUAAAGUUACGUGUUUAUAUAUUAUAAAUUUAUAUAUAAGGCUUACUUCGUUUUUUAUUAUUUUUAUUAUUUGUCUUUUUUUUGCAAUUUUUCUGUACUUUUGGACUUUUUUUUUUACUCCUUCUAUCUUCUUUCAAACUAUACGUUCGUAUUCAUAAAAAUAUAUUUUUAUUUUCGCCGUCUUCCUGUCUCGCACAGUCGUCACCGCCGCCGUCAUGUGGUCGAAACUAUAUCGAUGGACUUGGUAAACGCCAUCCGACGCUGCGGUUGCGAGGAGUCUGUUGACUUUCCGAUUAUUCGUUAACCAAUCUAUAUAGUGACUUAUCGUAACGUCCUUUUAAAGACAGUAAACAAAAAUUGAUUUUUGAUAAAAAUAAAAAUGGAACACUCGAAACCCAAAAUAAUAAACAACCAAUCAGCCAAUUUUCCAAUCGCAGAAAAUAAAAAAAAAAUAUAAACGACAAUCUAAAAAUUAUCUGGCUACAUUCUAGGUAAUGUAGUACGGAGGCCGUAAUACAUUGUAAUUUAUUUCUAUUUUACCUCCAAAGUCCUUCGAAAAAAUUAUAUGCGUGCAGUUUAAACAUAUUUCAAUUGACCUUAUUCCUUUCAUUCUUAUAAUAUGUAUGUCAGUGAAAAGCCACGCUAUUGGCUUAAUUAUUUUUAUCAUCUUUUUUUUUUAAAUUACAAUCACAUUGUCAAUUUUUUAAAUGGAACUUUUAUAAAAAAAAAAUUAUCGAAUUACGAACAAAUAUAUUUUUGAAAUAAUUAGUAGGUUUUUAAAGUUUCAAUAAGCGGAGUAAUGCAAACUUUAAAUGCUUAUUAGUUAUAAAUAAUAAAAAAAAGUUCUAAAAUAGUUUUUAAGUAUAAAACGUUUUUAAAAUAAUAUUCUGCUUUAAAUUUUCCCAGACAAACUUAAUGAUGAAAAUUAUAAGUGCAAUGUAAUGUAAGAACCAAGAACGUAUACAUAUAUUGCGUUCUAUGUAUUAUACAAAAAUAUAAAUUCGAAAAAAGUUGAUAAAUUUCAAAAUACUAAGUUCCGCUGAUUAAAAAUACCACACUACAGCACACUCCUACCAUUCGAAAUGUUUCUCAGAAUCACGCAGAAAUAAAAUUCAAAAUUCAUCGUAAUAGAUCAAAUACGUACUAAAAUAACAUACAUAAAUUAUGUAUAUAAACGUCGAACGCACUCCAAAUUUAUAUCUUUCCGCAGUAUACAUACCUACGAUUUAUAAACAGAGACUAAAAGGAAAAACACUCAAAACGAUACUCCGUAUUAUCUUCCAUUAAACUUAUUCAAUUUUUGAACUGACUCUUUAUUUUUUUUAAGCUCAGUAUGUAUGAAAAAUUUAAAUAAAAAACAAAACAAAAAAUCGUGGGUAACUUUUUUUUAUGAUUUGACUGGAAUACUUGGUUUUGUUUUAUAAUUUAUAGCCUGAUAGACUAUGGGCGCUAUAAAAUAGAUUUCAUCACCUCCAUUAAUAUUGUUAUUUCAUGAUUAUGGAAUAUUCACAAACAUUUUAAAGAGUGCAUACCUAUUCGUAAUUAAUCUGUUUUAAUAUUUCCACUUUUUCGAUCCUAUAAUGUACCGUUUGAUCAGAGAAACGCCCAACUUCGACCGAUAAAGUAUCUGUAGAUUUAAAUGUAUAAAUCGUAUAAUAUAGGUUACGCUAUUAUAUUGUGUAUUAUGCACGUGCGACGCAUAUAAUAAGAAAACGAUAUUAAAAAAAUUACGAUUUUCACAACCAAGCAAAAUGGUAACCUCAGAUUAUCCUGUGAGGAGCCAAGGAGGGGUGAUUUGACGACACCAUCCCGAGGGAAAACAUGUUGCCGUGAUCGAGAUUCGAGAUACUAUAAUACGAUAUAUUAUUGUUACGAAUUAACAAUCAAAAAACCACAGGUAAAUUAGCAUACUAUUAUAUUACCCAUUAUUAUUAUUGUUAUUAUUACUAUGUUAUAUAUAAUUUAUACACCACGAAUGAAACUCGAUUUCGGCUUUUGAAAUGAAGUUCAAAAUUAAUGUUUUUUUAAUUUUCUAAAAUCGUUAAUAUUGUUUCGCUUCUAUGUUUCGAGCUGAAUCGUUGUCAUUUUACUUGGUACCGACAAAUGGGGAUUCUACAUUUAAACCACGUUAACGAACAAUCUUUUCAAGAUAAUAAUGUUUAAAACCAAUCAAUAGAGUUUUAUUUGUUUUUUGUUGGUGGUGGUGGUGGUGGAGCAGAUCAUUUAAAGUCCCUGUAGUUAUGUUUCACGUUCAUCCCCUAGUUGUACGAAGUACGAAGCAAAACAAAAUUUAGUAAGAUAAAAGAAGUUAUGAGAUCGCCAAGUGACACUCUAAGAUAUAGGUACGAUAAUACAGUAUACCUAUACCAAUAACAAUUACAUAAAAAUUAAUACAUCGAAUAAUAAAAAUAAUAUUUAAUUAAAUGGUAAUAGAUUGCAUUUGAUUGUAUAAUUAUUAUUUUCGGGUUUCAGUUGUGCUUCCAAACCUAAUACCACGAACGUAUAUUUUUUUCUUUAAUAAAAUAAAAACGAAAACCGUACGAAUACGAGAAAUCAGUAAUACGCCACAAAAUAUUAUGUGUCUGUCUGUAUAUGAACUGAGUCCCAAUAAAACCUUUUAGAACAAAUUGAGUCCCGGAUUGUUUUACGAUACCUACAUAAUAAUUGAGUACCGCGAAAUCUAAAAUAUAAUACUAAUCGAGUCCAUGUUUAAAUACUUGAUAACAAUUUUACAGGUAGGUACGGUUAAAAAAAUGUUGAUGUCAAUUUUGAAAUAUACUUAUUAUUAUGUAUAAUUCACGAUACAAAUAAAAACCAAAAAUUCCUGUCUAUUAUUAUAAUUUUCAUUUGACGAAAAUCAUAAAAAUUAUUUUAACGAUAUAAAGUAGACGUAUAGGUACGUACACUGUUUAUUUUAUACUUUACUUAAAAUUAAACUAGGACUCAAUAAGUAAAUAAAAUUGUUUCCCCUGUUCGGGUAUAAAGACUCAACUAUUAUACAUUUGUUCAACAUUAUCGCAAAACGAAUGUAUUGUAUAAAUAUAAUAUAUUGUAUUAUUUUUUUUUUCUUACAAUAUAAUAAUUAUUACCUACCUACCUAUAUUAUAUGUUGUACAUACAAAAAUGUUUAAUGUUUAAAAUAUUAUUAUUAAUUGUACGUUGAAAAACAUAUUUUAUUUGUAAGAAUUAUCAUUAUGACUUACCAAUAGUUUUCCAUACGAUCAUGACCCUUUUUAUACGACCGUAAAAUAUAAUAUAAAAUUAUAUUUAUAACCUAUAAUACUGUUAUGUUGUUUUAACGGCGUUUACAGGAACUUGUUUUUUCUCCAAUUCGACAUUUCCAAUAUACCGUGCGUAUUGUAUUAUUUAUAUUACAUGUUGGUACAUUAGUUAAAUAAAUAAAUUAUUCCUCUUGAUUUGAUAAACAGCGACGUUUUAAAAUUCACAUUAAAAGUAGCGCCACACCUCUACACCCACUAGGACUGUGUAGGAUGUCGUACUGGUAGUUCGAAAGAUUUGUUAAUUUCGACCGCAAGAGACAAUUCAUAAAAUAUGUAACAAUCAUAAUCGAAAAUCGAAAGAAAUCGCCUCGAUGCGAUUUCCUUACCGGUUAACCGAACACGGUCUACAGUGAGCCGAGGAGGUGAUACAACACCGAUCCCACACUCGCCCCAAAACUUCUUCGCGAGGAUUUCCAUAACACGCGCGUCACAUCAAGUUCAGCCUGUACCUAAAGUCAUCAACACGCGUGUAUAAAUAUACCUAUAUAUGUACUAAUAUAUAGUUACGUAUCUCACUAUAGUACUAUGCAUUAUAACCAGGACCGACUCAAGUGUUUAAACACACCUAGGCAAACUUGAGUUUUGCCGCCCCUUGUACAUAAAUAUUACAUCAAAUCUAUAAUAUAAAAAUGUUGCCUCUGAAAAACGCCGCCCUAAGCGUGAGCCUAUGCCGCCUACCCCUUGAGCCGGUUCUGAUUAUAACCAUACCGACCAAACACAUUUAAUUAUUUAUCAUAUUUACGUUUAUUUUCCAUCAUAGCUCGUACGACGAUAAAUUCGAUUUCCUCGCGGCCGAUGUCGCGUUUUCCACAGUAGGUACCUAUAUAGUGUAAGUUAAACGCGCGUGGUUAUACCCAUCUACCCCCUCGGCCACCCCACACACGCACACGCAUAGCUCACUGAUUCGUCCACCAGACCGUUUAUUUCUAUUUUUUUUUAUUUUGUUUUUCUUCGUCCGUUUGCCGUCUUCGGAACGACCAAAAAACGCGAAAAGUUUCGAUCAUAACUCAAAAAUAAUACAUUUCCCUAGAAUACCAUCGUGUUCCUUCGUUCUGCAUUUCAAACGUUUUAUUUCAUUUCGUUUCGUUUAUAUACGUAACGGCGACAUAUUAUAAUACGUAAUACGUCUUUACAUAUAUAUAUUCUUCAUCAUUCCAUUCAGGUUUUUUAUUUCUCUACUAUAUUAUACAUAUAUGAUAUACAUACAACGGUUAUAAACGAAUUCGGUUUUGAAACGGCGUAUAAUAUGCGUGUUCGUUACACGUCUUAUUACAUAAUAAUGUAAUAACAUACGUUGUAAAUAAUUGUGUUUAUAGGCCGAACAAUUGUUUCCAUUUAUGAUUAGGUAUUUUCGGCGGAUUUGAUUCGUCGUCAAACAACUGUAUACGAUAAUUGAAAUCCCGUUGUUUCUUGUGAAAAACGUACAGUUUUAUAAUCAAUAUUAUAAUUAUUAUAUUUAGGCAUUAUACCUACGCAUGUCAUUAUGUAGUUAAAUAUGUUGUUGUUUUUUUUUUAUUAUUAUUAUUAUUAUUAUCACCUGUUAGUGAAUUAUAAUAGGUAUUGUGUUAAUUAUUUUUCCUGACGUUUUAUAUAUUAUAUAUAGUAUAUAAUAUAAAAUAUAAAAUUGUUAUUAUUGUUAAUAUGUACAUAUACAUAGAUUUAAAAUAUUAA